GCUCGGCACCGGCAGCCCCCGCAGUGUCUCCCCAAGACAACGCCGCACCAGUCGCGCGUGCCGCCAGCCCGCGCCAGCCCCGGCUGCCUACAGGUGUACUUGUCGUCGCUGCGAACAAGACCCCGGACAGGUCGCCAUGUCGCCGUCCGCGUCCCGUCUCGCUUUUUGCGCGCUGGUGAUCGCGUCGUUGAGCGGCGCCGUCACGGCCAUAAAAGCAGGUGACCUGUUCAAGCUCUGCAAAAGAAGUGACCCGGAGCUCAACGAGUGCGUCAAGCAGUCCAUCAUGGGGUUAAGAUCCACCUUCAAGAAGGGCAUCCCGGAACUGAGGGUGAACUCCCUGGACCCCAUGGUGGUGUCGGAGAUCUCGCUGAACCAAGGAAACGGGCCCGUGUCCAUCACCAGCACCUUCAAGGAACUGCACAUCCAGGGCUUCAGCGACGUCAAAGUCCACGACGUCAAGGUCGACUUGCCGAAUUACCGCAUCGACAUCUCCGUGUCGCUGGACUGGUUCUACACUUGGGGCGACUACGACAUCAAGGGGCAGAUCCUCGUGCUGCCCAUCACCGGCAGCGGGCCCAGCUGGAGCAACUACACCAUGGUGAAGGGGCGCGCUGCCAUCACCGGCCACGAGGUCACCAAGAAGAACAAGACCUACUUCGGCAUGGACGACAUGAAGUUCGACGUGGACGUCGGCCACGCCACCAUCCACAUGGACAACCUGUUCAACGGCAACAAAGUCCUCGGCGACACGAUGAACCAGUUCAUGAGCGACAACUGGCAGGCGGUGUACUCGGAGCUGAAGCCCGUCAUCAACGAGGCCGUGAGCACCUUGCUGCGGGACGUGGCCAAGAAGGUGUUCGACAAGUUCCCGCUGGAGGACUUGUUUCCCAAGUGAUUGUCCAACGCACGGCCCUUCGCUCGCGUCAACAACCCAGUCUAGUCAAAACAUCCGUUCCGUACGCAAGUGAAAGUAAAAGACCUCCCAAGACAAGAAGAGUGCGCUGCAGCCUGCGCAAGCCUGCGCCUCGCUGCCAGGCAACCCAACCGACUCCGCAGGACUCGGGACUCGCCGCGCCUCGCGAGAGAAGGCGAGUAGGUUGGGUUGCCUCCUCGCACGGCGCCGCUGCUAGAGGCCGCCUUCGCCGCGAUUUGCAUACCACGCCAGUGUACGAUACAGCCAAAAUAAACAUCGCGAAAGAAA